AUGUUUAACAUUGAAACCGAAAAUUAUUUUGUGGACAACUGUUCAGUCAGUGACUUCAAGAUGCAUCCUUGUCUUGACUUAAACCUGGAUGCUGUUCCAUUAACUGGAACAAAGUCCUUUGAGAAAUCUAAGAGAUCCCGCACUGCAUAUACCAGUCAUCAGCUUAUUGAACUGGAAAGGGAGUUCCAUCAAAAUAAAUAUUUGGCCCGGACGAGGCGAAUCGAGAUUUCUCAACGUUUGGGACUUACUGAAAGACAGGUUAAAAUCUGGUUCCAAAAUCGUCGGAUGAAACUCAAGAAGUUGGCCAAUAAGAAAGCUAUUAAUGAGCCUCUGACCACCUCUAAUUCCACCACUUGCCAAUCAAGAGGACAUCUUCUGGAGGACGAACAGAUUGUAGAGCGCCUCCUUCAAUAUGCUAGCUCAAAUACGGAAACCGUUUACCUGCCGCAGGAUACUCCCUUGAUCAAAGAAGAGGGUCAUAUCACACCACCCUAUCAAGCCUACGAUUACCUCAAUGAGUUCUGUCCUGCUCCAAUGGAUCUUCCCCAGAUGGCAUUUAAUGAAUUGGAUUCCAAUUGGGCUAGUAAUUUGUUGCGUCUUGAAGACACAGUUCCUCCCAAAGGAAACAUUAUAGAGCCAAAUUCAAGUAGUUAUACUUACACCCCGAAUCAACCAAUGGUGCCGAAUUUCUGCUGGGACUCUAAUAGUUCUGCUUCUGGUUCCACAUCAUCGGAAGAUGUUCUGGAUGUGGACUAUGACUUCAUUCAAAAUUUAUUGAAUUUUUAA